UAUCCACUGCAUCGCCCCUUCCGUGAUGUCAAUAGAAGCACAUGGUCCGUGUUUGUUGCAGGAAGUGAAGAUGGCGGACCAGUCGUUGCUAUCUGAGUCUGCUCUCGGGUGGUCUAUAUUCGCCCUUGUAUUUUUGGUGAUCCUGUCCUUCUGUUGGGUCUACAUCAGGAAGUACCAGAGCCGCCAAGAGAGUGAGGUCAUCUCAACCAUCACUGCAAUAUGCGCAUUGGCCAUUGCACUGAUAACCUCUGCCCUUCUUCCAGUGGAUAUAUUCCUAGUGUCUUACAUGAAGCACCCCAACGGUACCUACAAGGAGUGGGCAGAAAACAAUGAGACACGAGGCCAAAUCGAAGACACUGUGCUGUAUGCUUAUUACUCACUGUACUCUCUCCUCCUGUUCUGUGUCUUCCUGUGGAUCCCCUUUGUCUACUUCUAUUAUGAGGAGAAGGAUGAUGACAACAUCAACAAGUGUUCACAAGUGAAAAAUGCUCUGAAAUACACAAUUGGAUUCAUCAUCGUCUGUGCAGCACUGCUAUUAAUUGGGGCCUUCGUUCCUCUUGAAGCCCCACCUAAUCAGAAUGGUACCCAGUGGGAAAAGAUGCAGUAUCUGUUUGAGGAGCUGGGGAACAACCAUGGUGUACCAGCCCUGUCUUUCUCCAUCAGCUCCUUGACCUUGAUUGGCAUGUUGGCAGUGAUCACAUACACGGCGUAUGGUAUGUCAGUGCUGCCGUUGAACCUGAUUAAAGGGACACGCAGUGUGGUGUACGAGCGUCUGGAGAACACUGAAGAUAUUGAAGAGGUUGAACACCAGAUGGAAAAGAUCAAAGCCAAGUGUGAGGACGGGCGUCCUCUGUCGUCGCGGGACCGUCGUAACCUCCAGGAGUUUGAGGACAAGCUACAGGUGCUCCAGAGGAGGGGCAGGCACCUGGAGAUAGCAGAGAGUCACUGCUGCACCAAGGUUGGAUCUGCCCUCAGACCACUCAAGAUUCUGCUGGGAAUUUUCUUCAUCCUGUUCGCUCUGCUGUUUGUUGUGGCUCUGUUCAUUUCAAAUUUGGACAAAGCUCUUCACUCUGCUGGCAUCAGUUCUGGCUUCAUGGUGUUUGGCACCAACCUGACCAACCCUCUGAAUGAACUCCUGCUGACUCUACAGCCUGUGUUCCCGUUGGAUUAUGUCCUGAUCACUGUCAUCACCAUGUACUUUGUGUUCACCUCCAUGGCCGGCAUCAGGAACAUGGGCAUCUGGUUCUUCUGGAUACGGCUGUACAAGAUCAGACCCAAGAGAACCCGUCCCCAGGCCCUCCUCUUCCUCUGCAUGAUUCUACUGCUGAUUGUCCUUCACACCAGCUUCAUGAUCUACAGUCUGGCCCCGCAGUACGUCAUGUACGGGAGCCAGAACUAUCUGCUGCAGGUGACCCCAGGCUGGAGCCCGAUGCCACCAGGGAAUAAUACCACUUGGACUACCAAGACCUGCGAUGCCGACGCACCUCAAGUAUCCUCAGAUCUGGGGACUAGCCACACUCCUAUCAGGACCUGUUACCUGCCUUCUGAACUGACAGAGAAGAGGAACUUUCCUCACACUUGGAGAAGUUCAUUUCAAUCAUGUUUAGCUACAGAGGAACCCGGUCAGCGAAGAAGAAUGAUUCUCGACUCUCUGUUUCACUUUAUUCAAUUCAAAAGGCUUUAUUGGGAAACAUGUUUACAUUGCCAAAGCAAGUGAAAUAGAUAAUAAACAAAAGUGAAAUAAGCAAUCAGUAAUGAACAGUAAACAUGGCUCUCUCCAGUCUUACAGUAAUGGAUAAUAUUAUCAUGUAUCUCGGUCGCCACAGCGAGACACGAGCCCUACAGCCUAUGCUUCUGCAAGAUCAAGUGGGUUACCAUGGCUACCACUCAGCAAGUUUUCCAUGGUGAAACAGGGGGUGUUUCAAUACAUUCAGCUGCAAAUCAAAAUGACUGAGACAUGAAAUGCUUUCUGCUCUCUUCUCCCUUAGUAAGAUUGGGGUUGACUGACUCUUGUACCUGCGUUUCCUACGUGGUUCUGAUGACUCACUGUGUUAGUUAGAGCAUGGGGCUUAGCUAGCAACACCAGGGUUAGAGCACGGGGCUUAGCUAGCAACACCAGGGUUAGAGCACGGGGCUUAGCUAGCAACACCAGGGUUAGAGCACGGGGCUUAGCUAGCAACACCAAGGUUAGAGCAUAGGGCUUAGCUAGCAACACCAGGGUUAGAGCAUGGCGCUUAGCUAGCAACACCAGGAUUAGAGCAUGAGGCUUAGCUAGCAACACCAAGGUUAGAUCAUGGGGCUUAACUAGCAACACCAGGGUUAGAGCAUUGGGCUUAACAAGCAACACCAGGGUUAGAGCAUGGUGCUAAGCUAGCAACACCAGGGUUAGAGCAUGGUGCUAAGCAAGCAACACCAGGGUUGUGGGUUCGCUUUCCGUAUGGGCCACAUAUACUGAAUAUGUGUCACUGCCCUUAUUGACAGUUCUGUAGGUCACUGGAUAAAAGUGUCUGCUAAGUGAACAUAUUAGCAUGUGCCAUACAGAAAAUACUCAUCUCUGUUAGAGCAGGGACAGGAGAGAAAGUAGCAUGUGUUUUAUGUAAGCCGUAACCCAGAGAAGAGACUCUAGUGGGUCAUGUUAACAUAUGAGGUUGAUCCUGGACUGAGAUGGCAGGCUUUAAAACAUAAUGUCCUCAUAGGGCCCUAGUGGGCCAUGUUAACAUAUGAGGUUGAUCCUGGACUGAGAUGACAGGCUUUAAAACAUAAUGUCCUCAUAGGGCCCUAGUGGGCCAUGUUAACAUAUGAGGUUGAUCCUGGACUGAGAUGGCAGGCUUUAAAACAGAAUGUCCUCAUAGUGCCCUAGUGGGUCAUGUUAACAUAUGAGGUUGAUCCUGGACUGAGAUGGCAGGCUUUAAAACAGAAUGUCCUCAUAGGGCCCUAGUGGGUCAUGUUAACAUAUGAGGUUGAUCCUGGACUGAGAUGGCAGGCUUUAAAACAGAAUGUCCUCAUAGUGCCCUAGUGGGUCAUGUUAACAUAUGAGGUUGAUCCUGGACUGAGAUGGCAGGCUUUAAAACAUAAUGUCCUCAUAGGGCCCUAGUGGGUCAUGUUAACAUAUGAGGUUGAUCCUGGACUGAGAUGGCAGGCUUUAAAACAUAAUGUCCUCAUAGGGCCCUAGUGGGUCAUGUUAACAUAUGAGGUUGAUCCUGGACUGAGAUGACAGGCUUUAAAACAUAAUGUCCUCAUAGGGCCCUAGUGGGCCAUGUUAACAUAUGAGGUUGAUCCUGGACUGAGAUGGCAGGCUUUAAAACAGAAUGUCCUCAUAGGGCCCUAGUGGGUCAUGUUAACAUAUGAGGUUGAUCCUGGACUGAGAUGGCAGGCUUUAAAACAGAAUGUCCUCAUAGGGCCCUAGUGGGCCAUGUUAACAUAUGAGGUUAAUCCUGGACUGAGAUGGCAGGCUUUAAAACAUAAUGUCCUCAUAAGGCCCUAGUGGGUCAUGUUAACAUAUGAGGUUGAUCCUGGACUGAGAUGGCAGGCUUUAAAACAUAAUGUCCUCAUAGGGCCCUAGUGGGCCAUGUUAACCAAUGAGGUUGAUCCUGGACUGAGAUGGCAGGCUUUAAAACAUAAUGUCCUCAUAGGGCCCUAGUGGGUCAUGUUAACAUAUGAGGUUGAUCCUGGACUGAGAUGGCAGGCUUUAAAACAUAAUGUCCUCAACGGGCCCUAGUGGGCCAUGUUAACAUAUGAGAUUGAUCCUGUGUCCUGUCAUAAUUUACCGUAUGUUCAUGUCAUCUAUAUCUGAUUUGUGACAUAUGGACGGGUGUAAAUAUGAUUUGUGACAUAUGGACGAGUGUAAAUAUGAUUUGUGACAUAUGGACGACUGUAAAUAUGAUUUGUGACAUAUGGACGACUGUAAAUAUGUUUUGUGACAUAUGGACGAGUGUAAAUAUGAUUUGUGACAUAUGGACGACUGUAAAUAUGAUUUGUGACAUAUAGACGAGUGUAAAUAUGAUUUGUGACAUAUGGACGAGUGUAAAUAUGAUUUGUGACAUAUGGACGAGUGUAAAUAUGAUUUGUGACAUAUAGACCACUGUAAAUAUGAUUUGUGACUUAUGGACAAGUGUAAAUAUGAUUUGUGACAUGGACGACUGUAAAUAUGAUUUGUGACAUAUGGACGACUGUAAAUAUGAUUUGUGACUUAUGGGC